AACGAAACAGAGCGAGCGGUAUCAGGCCUCGUUGGUUGUUCGUUGGGCGCAGGAAGCGUUCAGCGUUGCCACGAACGUCGAACAGGUGCCCCCACCUAAUCACCGCGGUGGAGGUGCGUGUUGGAUCGCUAUGUGCACCUGCGAGUUUCAUCGCUGCGCUACUAGGUCAUAGGUUACCAGGAGUCGUCAUGUGACACCGUCGGCGACCGUAUCAACAUUGUUCAGUUGUGACCGUUCCUUUAUUUACCACCCCAAGCCCUCCUCCCCCAGCCCCAACCACCUUCCACGAUACAACGUGGGGAUAAAAUAUUCUACCUCAAACAGGUAGCACUGCUGAAAGUAAUGCUCAAAAAAAUAGACUUCGUUUAGUACGCCUCGUGUUAGCAACAGAUAGAUCAACUCAGUGACACGCCAACAUGUUUCGUUCCAAGAUUCGUCUUCACACGUGCCGUGUUAUUGUUAUCACAUCUCUGGUAUGGUUCCUCGUCGGUGUAAUGGUGCUAAUGUUUUACUCCGAUUGUAUCGGCGGCUCUGGCUGGGGCUGUCCUGACAACAGGCAGACUACGGCGCACCACAGCGAGCCCGAGGCUGCUGCGCUGGUCAGACAGGAUCCGGAGACGUCUGAGCUCAAUAAGAAAAAAUACAGACAAUCGGAUCUGCAGUUGUGGAUGCCUGCUAAAGUCGUUAAAGAGGCUAAAGGCAGCCCCGGUGAACUCGGAUCUCCGGUUCAUAUUCCAGCGGAGAAGGAUGCCGAGCAGCAAGAGCUCUUCAAACUAAAUCAGUUCAAUUUAAUGGCUAGCGAUAUGAUUUCGUUCAAUCGAUCGCUCAAGGACGUCAGGCUUGAUGGAUGCAAGAAUAAGAAGUACAACAAGUAUCUUCCUACUACUAGUAUUGUUAUAGUUUUUCAUAACGAAGCUUGGAGUACUCUUCUUCGCACUGUUUGGUCCGUCAUCAACCGAUCUCCAAAGACUGUUCUGAAAGAGAUCAUACUCGUCGACGACGCCAGUGAACGAGAACACUUGAAACAGGAUCUCGAAGAUUAUGUAAAAACUCUUCCAGUCCCCACAUAUGUAUAUCGCACUGAGAAGAGGUCAGGUCUUAUCAGGGCUAGACUGCUCGGGGCAAAGCAUGUUAAAGGACAAGUAAUUACAUUUUUGGAUGCCCACUGCGAGUGUACGGAGGGCUGGUUGGAACCUCUCCUAUCACGAAUCGCUGACGACAGGACCACUGUAGUGUGUCCGAUUAUAGAUGUAAUUAGCGAUGAUACGUUUGAAUAUAUAACUGCCAGUGACAUGACGUGGGGAGGAUUUAAUUGGAAAUUGAAUUUCAGAUGGUACAGGGUUGCUCAGAGAGAAAUGGACCGCAGAAAUGGAGAUAGAACAGCUCCUCUCAGAACGCCAACGAUGGCAGGAGGAUUGUUCUCAAUAGAUAAAGACUACUUUUAUGAACUUGGUGCUUACGACGAAGGUAUGGACAUAUGGGGUGGAGAAAACCUAGAAAUGAGUUUCCGUAUAUGGAUGUGUGGUGGGACAUUGGAAAUAGCAACAUGUUCACACGUUGGACAUGUAUUCCGUAAGUCAACCCCAUACACGUUUCCCGGCGGUACAAGCAAGAUAGUCAACCACAACAAUGCACGACUUGCAGAGGUCUGGUUGGACCAAUGGAAAUACUUCUAUUACAACAUUAAUCCAGGUGCGCGGAGCGUAACUGUCGGCGAUGUUUCCGAACGUUUGAAACUGAGAGAAAACCUUGGCUGCAAAAGCUUCCGAUGGUAUCUUGAAAAUAUAUAUCCAGAGUCUCCAAUGCCAUUAGAUUACUUCUACCUAGGCGAUGUCAAAAACGUUGAAACUGGAAACUGUCUCGAUACUAUGGGCAGAAGAACGGGCGAGAAUGUUGGUAUCAGCUACUGUCACGGUCUUGGUGGCAACCAGGUAUUCGCCUAUACAAAGAGGCAGCAAAUUAUGUCAGAUGAUAUGUGCCUUGAUGCAGCAAAUCCACAGGGUCCUGUAAAAAUUGUGCGUUGUCACGGAAUGGGAGGUAACCAAGCAUGGGUUUAUAACGACGAGACAAAAUUGAUUAAGCAUACAAACACGGGAUACUGUUUGUCGAAACCACGAUCAGGAGAACCGACUCAGCCAGUGCUUGCUAUAUGCGAAUCUCACAAUCCUGGUCAAAAAUGGAUAAUGCAGAGCAAAUUUAAAUGGCAAGCCAGCUAAUACCGGGCACUGAACGAAGCCAAUAAUAACUCGCAAUAAUUGUUGAUCCAUUGACUAAAUUAUAAUACAAGGAAUCAACUCUCGUAUAGAGCUUUUGAAAUUGAACCAUAAGCAAGGUGCUUAUGGCUUCUGCGUAGAUCACAGGAGGAUAGUGACGGCAGUUAAAUAAUUAAAUAAUAAUAAAAUGGACUAUAGUUUUAAUCGACCCCUGCCUUCGUCCAAAAGAAGACAAAUGUAUGAGUUGAUGAAUCUUUUAG